AUGAAACUCUAUUGCCUCCCCCUCAGCCCCCGCGCCAGAUACAAACACCUCACAACUCGGGACGCAACACACAACCUGCUCCUCGACUCUCGACUCAAGAGCCAAACAGACAUGCCAAUCACUUCCAUCAGAUCAUUGAGAAACCCCACCCCACUUAAGGAGGUACUUCGAAUGGUGGGCCACAGGACAUAUGCUGCAGGUGCUGCUAAAAAGAAAGGCUCCAAAGGCGGUGCAGCUGCAGCUGCACCAAAAGCAUCACUGUUGACCAAAGAAGUAAAAUCGACUACUGUUUUUGGUGCUAACACCCUAAAAGACGGACAAGACCCAAAAAUCCUACCUGAUUCCGAGUACCCAGAUUGGCUGUGGCUCUUGCUCAACAAAAAGCCGGCCCUGAGCGAGCUUAGGAGGAAGGACGUGGAAAACCUUCCAUUUGAGGAUUUGAAGAGGUUUGUCAAGCUGGAUAAUCGGGCCAGGAUCAAGGAGAAUAAUUCUCUCAAGGCCAAGAAUUAG